CCACGUCAGCAGAGGCACGUCAGCAGAGCCACGUCAGCAAACAUGAUGGGCCUGCCAGGCCAACUGGCCAAUGAGCCCAUUGCCGACUGCAAAACGCGUUUCCAAGCUCAGCUCGCUGCAAUCGAGGCUGAGGAACAACGCCAGCUGGCAGUCACGGGCUGCCCAGCUACAGGCUGAAGAAGCGGCAACAGCAGAGAAGCUGCGGCUACAGGCCGAAGCAGACGCAGAUGCCCAGGCUCGACGCAAGGAAGCCCAGGAUCUGCUGCUGCGGCAUGAAGCCAACAGCAUCGACAGACUCAAGUACUGGCAUUUUGAACCAAACGGCGACGAGGCAACACCGGAAGAGCAGCAUAAGGAGUUCUUGGCCAAGCUCGUGACCAGGCUGGUUUACACAUGUAACCACCUGCAGCCCGAGCUGGCAAACCUUCAGCGGGCUGUGCGGAACCAUAAGACUCAGCACGACGAUGCCGCACGGGCACUGGACGCCCGUGUACUGAACCUGGAACAGGCUGUACCAGGACCAGCUGCUGGGGCUUCCAGCAGUGCAUCCUCUAGCCGCCAACUAGAGGAACGCGUUGACCACGUAGUGGCAAUGCUAGGAGACAUAAGUACCUUCACAGAGCCGGCCACCAUCAGCCAGCGGUUCGAGUUGCUGGACACCAAGCUCAGUCAGCAACAGCACACCGACCACAGGCACAACAACAGCUCGGCGAGGCCAUACAAGAUGCCGAUGUCAUGCGCCGCUCUCAGCCUCGCACUUGGUGAUCGCGAGCAAUACAACACUUUCGCAGAGAUCAUCAACAAGGCGAGAGAGAUCAUCAAGACCAGCAGGGUGACCGCACACGAGAAGUCAACGUGGCAGCCAACCUAUGUGGAGAAGGUACGAACUAGUCCGCGACAGCAGCAGUUCGCUGCAGUCCAAUCGGACAGUGGAGAAGACCCAGCAGCCACUCCAGCAUCACGUGAGGGAGAUCAGGUGGCUGCUGUCCAGCCGCGAAGCAACAAGCCCCGACUGAGCGGGAGGUCGAAACCAGCAUCGCAGGCCGGAAACGGACAGCCAGCACCACCAUGGGUCAAGUUCGGCUUGACCGAGGCCGAGUACAAGUACCGCAUCCGUUACGGCUGCUGUUACUGGACACAACUGCGAGAUUACUUGCACACUGCAGUACCAGCUCCGUUGAUGGACGCCGGAGUAGAGGUUGUCGACCUUCACGCUUACAUUGCGAAGAUCGACCUCGAGUUCAAGACGCAACGGUACGACGACAUCGACGCACCAUUGCUCUAUGUACGCAUUCAGAUCGGAGAGGCGACCUGCAACGCCUUCAUCGAUUGCGGAGCAUCUCGCAACUACAUCAUCCAGGACUUCAUGGUGCGCGCCGACCUUGGCCCACGUGUCCGGAGGAAGUCCCAGCCUACGCAAGUCACUUUCGCAGACGGUCAUACGCACAAGUCCAUCGACCGGUGCAUUGACGCCGUCCCCGUGUACUUUGCCCCUCACGCAAGUGAGGCGGUGUCCUUUGAUAUCCUGGACACCAAAUUUGACAUGAUCUUGGGCAUGUCAUGGCUGCGAAGCGAGGAUCACCCGGUGAACUUCUUCCACCGCACCGUUCACAUUCGCGAUCGAAACGGAGUAUUAGUUCCAUGCAAGACGAUCAGGAACGUCGGCCCUCUCCCACACAUCGACGAUCUUCUCGAGCGACUGGGCGGCGCCAAGUUCUUCUCCAAGCUGGAUCUCAAGUCAGGGUACCACCAACUCGAGAUUCCCAAGGAGGAUCGCUACAAGACCGCGUUUAAGAUGCGAUAUGGGCAUUUCGAAUGGCUGGUCAUGCCAUUUGGCCUUAAGAAUGCCCCGGCCACUUUCCAAGCGGCUAUGACAACGGAGUUCCGACACAUGCUGGAUCGAUUCGUACUUAUCUACCUCGACGACAUCCUGGUGUACAGCCGGAGUUUGGAGGAGCAUGUGGAACACCUGCGCAUCGUUUUGGAGCAGCUACGACAAGCCAAGUACAAAGCCAACCGCGACAAGUGCGAAUUCGCGCGGCAGGAGCUAGAGUACUUGGGACACUAUGUGACGUCGAAAGGCAUCCGUCCGCUUGCGGACAAGAUCGAGGCCCUACGAGUAUGGCCCGAGCCCACCAACACCACGGACGUUCGUUCAUUCAUGGGAUUGGCGGGCUACUAUCAGCGAUUCAUCAUCGGAUACUCAAGGAUUGUUGCACCUAUGACGAGGUUACAGUCGCCAAAGAUGCCAUUCGUGUUCGAUGACGACGCACGCCGGUCAUUCCAAGCACUUAAGACGGCUAUGCUCAUGGCACCCGUCCUUAGCAUCUACGACCCCACCCUGCCAACGCGAGUGACUACGGACGUUUCCGGCUAUGGCAUUGGGGCAGUCUUGGAACAGCACAACGGCGACAACUGGCACCCCGUGGAGUAUUUCAGCCACAAAGUGUCUCCCAUCAACCCGCUUGAUGAUGCAAGGAAGAAGGAGCUACUCGCGUUCGUCAUGGCUCUCAAGCGAUGGCGGCACUUCCUCCUUGGGCGUCGUAGGUUCACAUGGGUUAYRRACAACAAUCCAYUGACCUACUACAAGACGCAGGAUACGGUGAGCAGCACGAUCGGACGAUGGAUGUACUUCAUCGACCAGUUUGACUUCACACCGAAACAUCUUCCCGGCCUCUCAAAUCGCGCAGCAGAUGCACUCUCGCGAAGACCUGAUCUCUGCGCUAUGACACAUCAUGCCUUCGCAUUCGACGAGGAGCUUCAGCGACACUUCAUCCGGGCAUAUGAGUCUGAUCCGGACUUCGCCACGCUGUACGCACAGCUAUCUUCGGAUCACCCGUCGGCCAGCCACUAUCGCAUCGCCGACGGAUACUUGCUCCUCCACUCGAGAGGCAAGGACUUAUUGUGCGUCCCACGCGACCGUCGUCUUCGGACUCGCCUCCUCGACGAGUAUCAUGAUUCACGACUCGUCGGCCAUUUCGGAGUCAACCGCACUAUUGCUCGGCUUUGACAACGAUUUCGAUGGCCCGACCUCAUUACCGAUGUCACUCUGUAUUGCGACUCUUGCGAAGUUUGCCGACGCAGCAAGCCCCGCAAC